AAAUUUUUCUUGUACUGUCAGAUAAUCAAAAACAAAAACAAACCAAGCGAUAGACUGAAGGAAUUAAAACCUACAAACAGAAUAAUGUCUCGGAAUUUUUUUUUCGAAAAUAAUUUUGAUAACGAUGUCGGUCAUAUGCUUCUUAAUGAUACUUCAACAGGGAUCUCUAAAACAUUUGAAAACAAAUUAAGUGACUACACUGAGAAAAAGCUGCAUAUGUUAACAACAAAGAUGCAAAGUGAGAUUUUUAACAAUGGAACAGUAUACACAGGUUCAGCUGGUUUAGCUCUGUUUUAUCUAAUGCGAUACUUGAAAAACCCACGGGCUGAUGAUAACUACUUGAAGUUGGCCUUGCAAUACAUAGAUUUAAGAAAUUUAAAAGGUCGUCGCAUUAGUUUCCUUUGUGGAGAUGCAGGCCCACUUGCAAUUGCAACAGUUAUUUCAUAUAGAAUGGGAAACAAUCGUCCAAAGAGUUUACCUGAUUAUAACACAUUGGCUCAAAGGUUACUAGAUCUUAUUUCACUUUUGAAAGAAUCGCCUGAUGAACUUCUGUAUGGUGGCGCUGGAUAUCUAUAUGCUCUGCUGUUUGUAAAGGAAUAUGUCCGUGAGUCUGACAUAAUAGCUUCUAAACAUAUAGAAAAGGUGAUAGCUAAUAUAUUAAAAUCUGGAAGAUCAUUUUCUGCACAAAUGAAGUCAGAGAGUCCGCUUCUGUGGCAGUGGCACGAUAAAAUUUACCUCGGCGCCGCGCAUGGUGUCGCUGGAAUAUUAUAUCUAUUACUGCAAGGUCGUUCUUAUGUUAACCAUCAAGACAUGCGAUCGUUAGUGAAGCCUACAUUGGAUUGGUUGGCACGUCAGAAGUAUGCAAGUGGAAAUUUCCCGUCAUCUCUCGGCAGCAGCUCUGGAGAUAGAUUGGUACAGUGGUGCCAUGGUGCACCCGGUUUUGUGCCAUUGUUUGUUUUAGCUUAUCAGAUUUUUGAAGACGAUGAAUAUUUUAAAAUAGCUCUUCAGUGCGGCGAUGUUAUUUGGCAGCGUGGUUUAUGUACUAAAGGGUACAGCCUCUGCCAUGGAGUCAGUGGCAAUGCAUACUCCUUCUUGUAUUUAUAUCAAGUUACUAAAGACCCAAUUCACUUGUAUCGGGCGUGCUGCUUUAUGGAGUGGUGCGCGGUGGAGAUGCCCGACACUGAGCAACAUCCACCUGACAGACCGGCCUCUUUGUUUGAGGGUCUGCUGGGUCGCUUAUGUUUAGCUGAAGACAUAUCAUCUCCAGAAGACGCCAAGUUCCCCGCAUUUACACUGUAAAUUCUCUUUAAAAUGCCAUAUACAUAAGUAUUGUGAUCUCUUUAUAUAAUUUAUUGUAUUUAAAAGAAUAU